AUGAGUAUCCGGAUAAACGCAACUGUGAACGAAGCUCGUGCAGCCGCAGGACACUCCAAAGAACAGUGGGAUCGAUUUUAUUUCAUAACUAAGGAUGAGGCUAAGCAACUUUCCGAAGCGCAUCCAGACUGGACAAGAUGGAUCCUCAUCCCCGCCAACGAGAAGGACAUGAUGCUGCAGCGCAUCAAUGGUCGAUUGACUGCAGAGGGCAUACCGCCGGUCGAGAUGAUCAUUCUGAAGUGGAGAGUUUCCCAGCUCUUGCGGGACAUUCAGCGAAAAUAUGCCGAAGGCAGCAUGAUUUCCGGGAUGGGAAGUUCGACUUCUAGUUCGCAGGCGCAAGCCGAGAGUAGCACGCAGCAAGCGCAAAGUCCCCAGCGAUCCGAGUCCUUACCGAGUGAAACGAGACCUUAUGAUCCUAUCCGCGAUGUAUAA